CUCGCCCCCUCCGCCAUGUGUCCGCGCCGCUCGUGCACCUACACGGGGAGCUAACCGAUGGGCAAGAUUUUGGAGCAUCCGUACGGAGGAUUGAACCCUUUGGAAAAAAAAAAAACGCACGAAACAAGAUAAAAUCUGAACAGAACAACAAGAAAAAGAAGGAUAUCUCUAAUGAAACGCACAAGGCUUACAGGACAUAAUUAUCAUCUGUAAUUGUUUUUUUUUUUCGGAAAAUUGCAUCAAAACGAGAUUUGAAAAAAAGAAGAAAAAAAAUCCCCUUCUGUUAAAGUGGCUUUUUAAUUCUCUUGGAAUGUAGGAAUCGGAUAGUUCUUCAAAUCAGAACGGAAUCGUCUCCAAUCAAUUCUACUGUCUUUUUAAACUGUAGUAGCCACCUGCCACUCGGCACAGGACUGCGUGUCACACCCCUCGGCACCAAAUGAAAAAAAAAAACCAGAUGAUAUCCAAAUUGGAUUCAAGGAAUUUGACUCUGAAUGAAGACCCGGAUUCAUAAAUUGUGGACCCUUCAUUCCUUUAGUCGGAAAUUCUUACAUUUUUGUUUUAUACAUCAGACGUUAUCUCCAAUGCUAUAAAACGAAAUAUCAGUUAUCUAGAAGCAAGAGCAGUGUAGCUGGAUUUGCCAUUUAUGCAGGAGUGAACUUUGACUUCCAUAAUGUGGCUUUUAACUAGAAGAACCAGUCCACUUUCACAUGUUCUGGAGUGUCAUGGUGUGGACCCGCUUUCAUUCUGGAAUGUUGGGCUGUGGAUACUGAGUUGUUUUUUCUUCAUUGUGGUAGUAGAUGGCCAAAGUUACUAUCCAACUGUUAAUACUCACUACGGAAAACUUAGAGGGGUAAGAGUUCCCUUACCUAGUGAAAUUUUGGGACCUGUGGAUCAGUUUCUGGGAGUACCUUAUGCCGCACCUCCAACUGGAGAAAAACGCUUCAUGCCCCCAGAGCCACCAUCUACAUGGUCUGGAAUAAGAAAUGCUACUCAUUUUGCACCUGUUUGUCCACAGAAUAUUCAUAAUGCCGUGCCAGAUAUUAUGAUGCCAAUUUGGUUCACCUUUAACCUGGAUAUAGUUGCAACAUACAUACAAGAUCAAAAUGAGGACUGUUUAUAUUUAAACAUCUAUGUUCCAACUGAGGAUGUAAAACGAAUAUCCAAGGAAUGUGCCAGAAAACCCAACAAGAAAAUAUGUAGAAAAGGAGGAGUCCACGUUAAGAAACAAGGAGACGAUUUAUCUGAUAAUGAUGGUGAUGAAGAUGAAGACAUCCGAGACACUGGUGCCAAACCUGUGAUGGUCUAUAUCCAUGGAGGAUCCUACAUGGAGGGAACUGGAAAUAUGAUUGAUGGAAGUGUUCUGGCCAGUUAUGGAAAUGUCAUAGUCAUUACCCUAAACUACAGGGUUGGAGUACUAGGGUUUCUAAGCACAGGUGACCAAGCUGCUAAAGGAAACUAUGGGCUGUUAGACCAGAUCCAGGCUUUACGAUGGAUAAGCGAGAAUAUUGGCUUUUUUGGCGGAGAUCCUCAUCGGAUUACUGUCUUUGGUUCAGGAAUCGGCGCAUCGUGUGUAAGUCUGCUUACACUGUCUCAUCAUUCUGAAGGACUCUUUCAGAGAGCUAUCAUUCAAAGUGGUUCAGCCUUGUCAAGUUGGGCCGUCAACUAUCAGCCAGUGAAAUACACUCGACUUCUUGCUGAAAAGGUGGGAUGCAACGUUCUUGAUACGCUGGAUAUGGUUGGAUGUCUUAGGAAGAAAAGUUACAAGGAACUAGUAGAACAAGAUAUUCAACCUGCUCGAUACCACGUCGCAUUUGGGCCUGUCAUUGAUGGAGAUGUAAUCCCAGAUGAUCCAGAAAUCCUGAUGGAGCAGGGGGAAUUUCUCAAUUAUGAUAUUAUGCUUGGCGUCAACCAAGGGGAGGGCUUAAGAUUUGUGGAAAAUGUGGUGGACUCUGAAGAUGGUGUCUCUGGAAAUGACUUUGACUUUUCUGUAUCAGAUUUUGUGGAUAGUCUCUAUGGCUACCCAGAGGGAAAAGACACUUUGAGAGAAACUAUUAAAUUUAUGUAUACAGAUUGGGCUGACCGUGAAAACCCAGAGACCCGGAGAAAAACCCUUGUGGCGCUUUUCACCGAUCAUCAGUGGGUGGAACCAGCAGUGGUCACAGCUGACCUGCAUGCCCGUUAUGGAUCACCAACUUAUUUCUAUGCUUUUUACCAUCACUGUCAAAGUCUUAUGAAGCCAGCCUGGUCUGAUGCUGCACAUGGAGAUGAAGUACCCUAUGUUUUUGGGAUCCCAAUGAUUGGACCUACAGACCUGUUUCCUUGUAACUUCUCCAAAAACGAUGUUAUGCUGAGCGCAGUUGUCAUGACCUACUGGACCAACUUUGCUAAAACAGGAGACCCCAAUAAACCAGUUCCUCAGGAUACCAAAUUCAUUCACACCAAGGCUAAUCGUUUUGAAGAAGUUGCCUGGUCCAAGUACAACCCCAGAGAUCAACUGUAUCUUCAUAUUGGACUAAAACCACGGGUAAGGGAUCAUUACAGAGCAACAAAGGUUGCCUUCUGGAAGCAUUUGGUCCCUCAUCUUUACAAUCUUCAUGACAUGUUCCAGUACACCUCGACCACAACUAAAGUUCCACCUCCUGACACCACACAGAACUCUUUUGUUACCAAACGACCAAAUGGAAAAGUAUGGCCCUUUAACACUAGACGUCCGCCAAUGUCAACUGUCUACACAAACGAGAAUUCCAAGGAGAAGUGGAACCCAGGCGAUGAAGAAACUGGUCCUCUGGUUAUUGAAAAUCCCCGGGACUACUCUACCGAACUGAGUGUGACCAUAGCAGUUGGAGCCUCUUUGCUUUUCCUCAACGUUCUUGCGUUUGCCGCGUUGUAUUAUCGGAAGGAUAAACGUCGACAGGACUCUCACAGGCAGCCCAGUCCGCAGCGCAAUGCUACUAACGAUAUCGCACAUGCUCCAGAGGAAGAAAUCAUGUCUCUACAGAUGAACCAGAGUCACCACGAGUGUGAGGCUGUGCAGUCCCACGAUCCCCUGAGGCUGACCUCCCUUCCAGACUACACUCUCACCCUGAGGCGCUCUCCCGAUGACAUUCCUCUUAUGACACCCAAUACAAUCACAAUGAUUCCCAAUUCACUGGUUGGAAUGCAAAACCUUCACCCCUAUAAUACUUUUACUGCUGGGUUUAAUAGUACUGGGCUGCCUCACUCACAUUCCACCACCAGAGUAUAGCUUUAAAGUAAAAGAAAUCAUUACAAGGGACAUCAUUUAAAAAUGUUAAAUGGUUACGAGAGGUGGGACACAGAUAAUGACUUUUUUAAAGAUUAUAAAAAUAUAUUAAAAACAAUACAGACAACAGCUCAUUUGAUACCUACAAAGACCGGGGCUAUUUCUGCUUUUACAGUGUGAAGACUGCCAAAAGAGUACACCUGCACGUACAGGCCACGGGGAAGCUACUGACAGGAUUUUUUCUAAUAAAGUCUUUUGAGCAGAUGAGAAAAGAGGACAAAAUGUUUCAAAAGUGCUUUUUUAUUUCCCAUUUCUGUUUAUUGGGAAAUUAAUUUAAAAACAAUGGCCUCUACUGAGACAUUUACUUUUUUUUACAAUGCCUUACAAAUACAUCUUUUUUUUUUUCAUUUCUUUUUGCUUUGCAUUGUUAUUCUUUCCAACCUCUACUAUUUCUGUGUGGAUAAAAAAAAGCUGUACAUUGAAAUGAACUCUUUCUUUUGUUUUUCUUUUUGAAAGAAGAACCACAUAGGUGAAAAAGUAUGAGAAAACCUUUUACCUGUUGCAUAUCUUUUACAAAAAAGUUUUUUGACUUUAAAAUUAAAAUGAUUUGUGUCUUCAGAAAUAGACUCUGUAACUGAAAAUACCAGAGACAAAUGUACAACUUUACUGUGAUUGUUUUGUUAAAGCAAAGUGCAUCUUUUGCUACAAAUGAUCUAUCUAUCUAUCUAUCUAUCUAUCUAUCUAUCUAUCUAUCUAUCUAUCUAUCUACCUAUCUGUCUGUCUGUCCGUCCGUCUGUCUCUCUGUCUUUAACACACAUAUGCACAAACACUUUUUUGAGUGAUUGUGUUUGUGUGUAUCAUUUCUUUGGUUUGUAGAACAUGUGUGUGUAAAAAGGCCUAUUAUUAACAACUAUGUUAAUUUUAUUCAACACAUAUGGUAUUUCAGCUAUGUGAAUGGUUGUCUGUUGUUGCGGAAUAGCACCUUUGUUACUUUAAAGUUAUUUACAAUUAAUUUUUUUUAAAAGAAUCAGUUAUUUUAAAUGUAUGUAAAGCUAGCUGAUGACAAAAUGACAAACUAACUGACUGAAUUUCAUCACAUUUUGUAAAAAAGAAAGUUUCUCAUAUAAAAAACAUAAAUGCAAAAUAUUCAAGAUAAAAAUUGACCAGUCAUUGUAGGCAUAAAUAUACAUCACUUACGAUGAUAAUGUUGAUAAAUACAUGUAGGCACAUGCACACAUUGACAUUGACAUUAUAUAUAUAUAUAUAUAUAUAUAUAUAUAUAUA